AUGCGAACACGACGCUUCCCAGUGAUCGUGGCACGAGUGUGGUUCGUGCUUUGCACCGUACUUGUAGUGGCAAUCGAAUUUGUGAUCUGUUUCACCCUACGCAACGCAGCCGAGAAGAAGUGGAUAAGUAAGCGUCGUUCAGAGCGCAUCUGCUGCUUCAGUAGUGGAAUUCUGAUGGGCAAGGUGCUGUGGUUCCUGUCUCCGCAGAUCCACGUGAAAUUUAUGGAGGGUUCUCUGGACUGGCGCGGCAUAGAGAACAGAGGUGUCUUCUGCGCAUGUCACACCUCCUUCUUCGACACGAUCUUCUUCCUUUGGCUCUGCCCAGUGGAGUACCUCUUGAAUGUCAGGUCGUUUGCGAAGAGAGCGUUGUGGAAGAUGCCGCUUAUGGGCGAAGUCAUCCGUGCCUGUGGCCACCUGCCAGUGCACUUCACCGCUGGGGGGCCAUCCUUCGCCGUGGACAAGGAGAAGCAGGCGGUGGUGUCGGCGGCGGCGGAGUCAUUCCUCGCCGAUGGUGGUGUCCUCUGCUUCUUCCCAGAGGGCGCGCUCAAUCCCACACCAGAGGUCUUGACAGACUUCCGUCUUGGCACUUUCAGCAUGGUUGUGAAACAUCAGGUGCCGAUUCACUACAUUGUCUACGCCGGCUGCAGCGAGGUGUGGGACCCGGCGCUGAAGGGCAUGCCGGGCUUUCCCGCUGACGUGUACGUUUACGUUGGUAAAUACGAGUAUGAUGAGAACGCGACAGCAGUUGAUGUAGCGAAAGGACUGCGCGAGGAAAUGCAGAGGCACCUCGAUGAUAUGUUGGCGAGACGCAAAAAAGAACAGUAUGUUCCGUUUUACAAGAAGUCAACAGCUAGGAACUAA